UGUAUGUCUCUCUCUCCUCCACAGGAACAAUUCACAGCCAUGAGAGAUCUGUACAUGAAGAAUGGCCAGGGCUUUGCGUUAGUGUACUCCAUCACAGCCCAGUCCACCUUCAACGAUCUGCAAGACCUACGAGAACAGAUCCUCCGAGUCAAAGACACUGACGAUGUUCCGAUGAUUCUGGUGGGUAAUAAAUGUGAUCUGGAGGAUGAGCGUGUUGUGGGGAAGGAACAGGGACAGAACCUGGCCAGACAGUGGAGCAGCUGUGCUUUCCUGGAGUCCUCUGCAAAGUCAAGAUCAACGUCAACGAGGUGA